AUGCCGCCAAGAGCAUCUGCGGCAGCGGUGGCCGCUUCGACCUCAGGAGCAGCGAAAGCAAUAGGGCUCCCAGGGUAUUCCUUGCGGUCUCUGCGUGUGGUGUAUUCGUCUCCCUCUACAACUCAGCUGCAAAAAACCAUCCUCAAUCUCAAGCAGUCCCUCCUGUGGCUCCCUGCUCAAGAAACUCAUGAGCCAGAGGGCGCAUCGGCAGCAGCGGGGGCACCAGGAAUCCCAUGGCCAGUGCCUGAGCGUCGGGGUCGUCGUGAGUGGCGUGUGUCCUACUUGAAAUCUCCUUUCAAGUUCAAGUAUGCAGUAAGGCAUUACGUCUUCCAGAAUCACAGCUAUUCCUUCUUGUUCGUACACCCCGACAAGCCAAGGGCCCUCCUCUCGGCCGCCCUAGGAGCUAUGACGGAUACUGUUUCCAUGAAUGCCGACUUUGACUGGCACUAUGGUGGGCCCCGUCCAAAACUCCUUCCCGCUGCGCUACAACAUGACGGCUGCCCCUCCGCAUCAGCUGACGCCAUAUCUGUCGUUGUCGAAGAAGAACGACUAGUCAAAGACAUGCAGCGGCAGCGGGAGCGGAAGUCGCUCCACUGGUUUCAUAAGGGCGACCCCACAGUCUGA